AUGUCAUUUCUCUUCGGCAGGGCCAGAACUAGGCCCGCCGUCGACCUACCCAAGCAGGCGAGAGAUCAUGUGACGAAGCUCGAAGGCCCAAAUGGUGUUGCCAAGGCCGAAGAGCUCGCCAAAGUCCUCAGCCAGAUGAAAUUUACCCUGCAAGGCACACAUGAGUCCGACAGCAGCCCCGAACAAAUAUAUCAGCUCGUCAGUGGCCUUAUUGAAGAAGACCUGCUCUACCUUCUUGCCGUAAACCUUUGGCGCCUACCCUUCGAGUCUCGCAAAGAUACACAAGUCAUUUUUUCCUACGUUUUCCGGUUCCGUCCACCCACCGCCUCUCCGAAGAGCGAUCCUCUAGCCUUGUCCUACGUCGUCAAUAAUCGCCCGCAAGUGCUGCUCGAGCUAUGCCGAGGCUACGAACACAAGGAGAGCGCAACACCUGCCGGCACUGUCCUUCGCGAGGUACUGAAAUCGGAGGCCGCGGCAGCUAUAAUUUUAUACGAUGAUGAUGAGGAGUCUGGGUCCAGUAGCAAGGGUAUCAACCUCAUAGAUAAGGACCGCCGACAGAGUGGCAACGGCGUCUUUUGGAGGUUCUUUGACUGGGUCGACAAGAGCUCCUUCGAGGUGGCGGCAGAUGCUUUCACCACGUUCAGAGAAUUGCUCACAAAGCAUAAGGAACUUGUUCCGAGAUACCUGUCGGUCAACUUCGAUCUAUUCUUCGACAAGUACAAUAACAUCCUCGUUCAGUCCAACAGUUAUGUUACCAAGAGACAGUCUAUCAAGCUCCUUGGCGAGAUUCUGCUUGACCGAUCGAACUAUAGCGUUAUGACCGCCUACGUAGAUCGCGGGGAGCACCUCAAGAUUUGCAUGAACCUUCUCAGAGAUGAUCGCAAGAUGGUGCAAUACGAGGGCUUUCAUGUCUUCAAGGUCUUUGUGGCUAACCCGCAUAAGUCUAUUGCCGUCCAAAAGAUCUUGCUGAUGAACCGGGAAAAGCUUCUCACCUUCUUGUCUCAUUUUUUGGAGGACAGGACUGAUGACGAGCAAUUCAUUGACGAAAGGGAAUUCUUGAUCAAACAGAUCAGAAACAUGCCACCAAAUCCAGUGGCGCCUCAGAGGCACGGCAUGCCGGGUGGUGGUUAG